AGGCGGAGUCCCGCCGCCCGACCCAGCCGCGGCCGCUCGGGUACCAGCGCCGGAGCUGCUCAGCAGCCGCCGCGCUCGGGUACCAGCUGAGGGGCUGUUCUGCAGCACUAGAGCUGUUGGCUCUGCCUGACUGGAAACAUGUCAGGCGGUUUCUCUUUAUCUGACGCUUUGCCGGCCGGCAACAACCCGAACCCCAGUGCCCCCCCACCCCAAGGUUGGCCUUCCUGGGGCAACCAGCCACCUCCUCCUGGGGGGUUCCCAGGGCACUAUGGCCCCCCAGGACCCUACCCAGGAGCACCAGGAGCGCCGGGCCCAUAUCCUGGAGGACCGGGGCACUAUCCUGGAGGACCAGGAGCACCUGGAGCCUUCCCUGGAGCACCACCAGGACCAGGCCCAUAUCCUGCCCCAGGACAUCCACCCAGUGGCCCUGGGUUUGGGCCCCCUCCCCCACACGGAGGACCAGCUCCUCCAUUGAAAGUCCCCUUUGAGCUGCCCCUGCAGUCAGGACUCGUCCCUCGGCUGCUCAUAACCAUCACCGGGACCGUCAACCCCAAGCCCAACAGGUUUUCCCUGGAUUUCAAGAAAGGGAAUGAUGUUGCCUUCCACUUUAACCCCCGCUUCAAUGAAGACCACAGGAGAGUCAUCGUCUGCAACUCCAUGUUCCACAAUAACUGGGGAAAGGAGGAGAGGUCAGCUCCCAGGUUUCCAUUUGAACCUGGAAAACCCUUCAAGCUGCAGGUCCUCUGCGAGGCGGAUCACUUCAAGGUGGCAGUGGAUGAUGCACACUUGCUGCAGUACGGCUUCCGUGAGAAGAGGCUGCAGGAGAUCACGAAGCUCUGCAUCUCUGGGGACAUCACCCUCACCAGUGUCCAGCCCAGCAUGAUCUAACCACCCCAGGCUAAUCCUAACCCCAGCCCAGUGCCCUUACCAGGUCUGUAGUGAGGCCUGAUACAGCAAUACUUUGAGGGAAUAAAAGCUGCUUUCACCAGUA